AUGAGUAUUCGACGACUUCCAAAACAUGUCUUCUCGUCCAUUUUGUCAAACAGUUCAAUUUAUUCACAGCUAAGUGUUGUCAAAGAACUUGUUGAGAAUAGUAUAGAUGCUCUAGAGGACGUAAAAAACGCGCAAGUAUAUGUUGAGAUAGAUGUGAAAACGGGUGGGUUAAAUCAUUUGUUGGUGAAAGAUAAUGGCGCAGGGGUAGCUGAAAAUGGACAGACGCUUAUGUGCUUGAAUGGUACCACUUCUAAACUUACCUCAAUGACCGAUUUGGAUAAGGGUGUAAAGACUUGUGGCUUCAGAGGUGAAGCACUUUACUUUAUCAGUCAAAUAGCUUCAAGUCUGGUGAUUAGUACUCGUACAAAAGACGGUGAUGUCUGCAGGGUUUGGAGAGUGAAUAAGCAGGGUUUUCCUGAUCUGGUCCCCGAUAAACUGGCAGGUCCGGUGGGGACUACUGUUAAGAUAGAAGGACUUUUUAAAAGUGCUCCCGUUCGUCGUAAAUUUCUAGAGAAGCACGUCAGGAAGACUGCUGAGCAGGUGUAUCAUAUGAUUUUAGCCUACGCUUUUAUACACAGAAGUAUUAGAUUUCAAUUAAGGUUGGUGAAUCUAAAUGCGAACGGUAAUGUGGUGUCCCAUUCGGGUAAGGAUACAAUAUUCUUAAGUAAGCUACCUCGAGUUCGCUUGCUGUUCAAUAUUCUUAAACUUCGGUCCAGCGACAGUCUUUAUGAGGUCGAAAGACAAAUAGAGGUGAGUAAUUCUGCUGAAACGUUUUAUUCAGUAAAGUUGGAUGCUAUACUACCCAAGAUGAGAGCUCAAGAUGAGAUUUCGGCCAAGAGGCAUGUGAAAGUUCUCACAGUUAACAAUCGACCGUUAAGUUUAGCACUAAAGUUUGGUAGAAAAUUGUCUCGGAUAGUCAAUCAAGCUUAUACUGAGAAUCUCCUUUUAGCACCCUCUAUUUGGUACCUCAGUCUGAGUAUUCCUGCUGAAAGAGUUGAUGUUAACAUUGAGCCUGCAAAGUCUGAUAUAAUGGUUUCCCAUGAGAAUAUAUUGUUUGAAGAAGUUUUAAAGACUUUGGUCACUGAGGUCUGUCAUUGGCAUCAGUUGGAAAAUGAAUCCACGAAUAUUCCACAGGAUCCUCUUCCCGAUAUUUCAGUUGAAUCCGUGCGUGCUUCGCAAGCAGACAGGAGUCUGUUUGUCGAUAGUAUUGAUGAAUUGCAGAAUAAGAGUGUUUCAAAGCCUAUGGAGUAUAUCAAUCCCUUGGAUCUUCACAAACCUACAGUUCCUUUCAAGGAUUCAUCUGACAGCAUAGGUAGUCACUCAGACCUUGAUAUUCAGCUUAUUGGUUAUCAUCACAUUUCUGAUGAUUCCUCGUUCACUGAUUUUCCAGACCUACAUCUCAAUGAUCCGGCAUCACCCAGUAUACGUCCUAAAGUGCAAAGCUUACUCCCUGUUAUUAAAAUGCCCUCCACUUCCGAGAUGAGUCAGCAUACUUUGGGCUUAGUAGAAGAGGCUGAAUUUCAGCCGUCGAACAAUAGUGCCCACCGUAAGAGAGUGCUGCUGCAGGAAUAUCAAUGGGCGAAAAGAGCUGAGACUCCUUCCGUCUUGAUCCGCACAGGGUUCACCGUGUUGUAUGAAAGAUCCGAAGGUGAGCAUACAGAUGCGGACUCACUAAAUAUUAACUUAGGUGAGCUGGGAAUCUACAAAAUAACAGUUUAG